UAACGUCAACUGUUGGACACUGAGCAAGAAUCAGACAAUUAUAUAAACCUCAAACAACAUCACAACAGCAAACCCUAGAAGCAAUGGCCAUUUCCUUCAUCAGACUUCCAUUCAUCUUCACAUUCACCAUCAUUAUCUUCUCUUCUUCAUCACUCUACGUCAAAGCAACAACUCAUGAUGAUAGCCACCCCCGCCCUUUCAACACCAUCUAUGCCUUCGGAGACUCCUAUACCGACACCGGCAACACCCGGUCCAACACCGGCCCUAACGGCUUCAUGUUCGUCUCCAAUCUUCCCUAUGGCCGCACGUUCUUCCACCGGCCCACCAACCGAUACUCAGAUGGCCGUCUAGUCAUUGACUUUGUGGCACAAGCCUUGGCCCUCCCAUUCUUGUCGCCCUACCUCGACCAAAAGGCCGAUAAAUCAUCUGGCAUCAACUUCGCCGUUGCCGGCUCCACAGCCAUAAUUCAUAGCUUCUUUGCUAAAAACAACAUGACUUUGAACAUUACUCCUCAGUCACUUCGAACUCAGCUCAAUUGGUUUGAAAAGGUCUUGGAAGGUAAAGGGUGUAAGGACAAAAUGGCAACUCCAAGGGAGUGUGAGGCUGUGUUCAAGGAUGCAUUAAUUUGGGUUGGUGAAAUUGGAGCAAAUGACUAUGCUUACAGCUUUGGAUCUUCUGUUCCUACCAAAACCAUCCAACAACUUGCCAUUAAUAGUUUCACUGGCUUUCUACAGGCAUUGCUGAAGAAGGGUGCCAAGUAUGUUGUCGUCCAAGGCCUACCGCCGACAGGCUGCCUAACGUUGUCGAUGUAUCUCGCUCCCUCGGACGACAGGGACGCUGUGGGGUGUGUCGGGAGCCCAAACAGGCAAAGCUACACUCACAACCUAGCCUUGAAAGCCAAGCUGGAUGGCUUCAGGAAACAAUUUCCACAAUCCAUCAUACUGUAUUUGGACUACUACAAUGCCUAUCUCACUGUAAUAAAGAAUGCACGGCAGCAUGGGAUGAAGGAGCUCUACAAAGCCUGCUGUGGUUACGGUGGCGGAACGUAUAAUUUCGACUAUUUCAAUGCGUGUGGUUCGCCUUCCGCCAGCUCCUGUGCAAACCCUUCUCAGUACAUCAACUGGGAUGGGGUUCAUCUCACUGAGGCCAUGUACAAGGCCAUGGCCGAUGCGUUUCUGAAUGGAACUUAUUCUCAACCACCGUUCAGCUAUCUGUUGAGCCAAAAACAGCGUUCAGGAUGAAUUGAUGUCAUGCUUCUUUGCGGGUAACAAUUAGUUUUGUAAGGUCUUAAUUGUUGCAUCUAAGUCAUGAGGGAUAUUUGCAUGGGUUCAUAGAUGGUUCUAAUGACUACUGAAUUUUGGGCCUUUUCCUUGUUUUUGCUUUCAUAUAUGUUAAAACCCAUUGGAAAUUCUAGCUCGUCCCCUGCUGGAUCAAAUUUGAACUAACCAUAUAGUAGUAUGGUA